AUGUCUCAGGUAGGGGAGAAGCUUUCAUUCAAAUCCUCAUCAACGCAGACUCAUUUCAAAUUGUCCCAUUAUCACCAUCAACGACAACACGAUAGCACAACUCAAGCGAGCUGGAUCAUGUCAUCCUCAAGACAUUACGUCAGCUCCUCCCGCAACGUUGAAGCCGUCAGCCGCCCACAUCUAUCGCCCUUCAACUGGUUGAUGCGUUCCUCCACAGUCGACUACUACCUCAUCCCAGUCCGUCAAUCUGGCAGCAGCACCAAGGAGACCAAAGACGACUACUGCCGCGGCAAAGAUCGCUACUACGAACAGCUCGCCGAUGACAUGGUGCAGGGGAAGAAGGAUCGGGAUGGGUUCAAAGCUCUGAUGAGCAGCGCACGCGACCUGCGAGACUACCGGAAGUGGAAGUGGAAGAGGGAGUAUGAGCGAUUGUACGAGAAGGUGGAAAUGCUGAAGAGGAUGGUGGAGGACGAGCAGCGGAGGGUGUUGCGGAGGUACCCACAGUGA